UCUGAUCACGACGGAUUACGAUGAAUACAUUUAUUUUUAGGCGUUUAUAAAAACGUAUGCCUUUACUAGUGAUUUUCUUAAUUAAAUACAUACAAUAUGACCACUUCUAAUAUGAAAUUACUAUGCACCGUGUUAGGCAAGAUGAGAAUUGAUAAUAUAACAACAAGAUCACAUUUCUCACAACCGAGAUUCCGACCUCCGUAUUGGUAUUUACCUAAAGAAAGAGUUAUGAGUGAUGAAUUGCUAACACAAGAAAACAAAGACUUUCUCGAGGAAGUAAAGCAAGAUAAAUUAAAACUCCAAUCAGCCUUAGAAUCCCCACUAGCUAAAGAAGAACCUCAGGAAUUAGUUCAGUGGAAUCCAUUUACACGUCGAGUUGGUCUUAUAGCACGGAAAAUAGGAAAUUAUCCUCUGUGGUCGAAGGAUGGUAAAAAAUUUCAAACCACAUUAUUACAGAUUGUAGACAAUCACAUUAUAAAAUACAUUCCUCCAGAAGAAUUUAAGCCAAUGAAAACAUCUAAAGUUGUUUGGAAGGAAAAACAGAAAUUGGGUUGUCUCUUAGUUGGUUCAGAAACAAUUGACCCUAGCACAGUUACCAAAGAAUAUUGUGGACUUUUUAACAGUGUAGGAAUGUUGCCCAAGAGACACUUAUGCAGAUUUAUGGUCUCACCACAUGCAGCACUUCCAACUGGGACACCAUUGUUCGCAACUCACUUUAGAGUCGGUGAUCAUGUAGACAUCAGAGCUAAAACUAUAGAUCGUGGAUUUCAAGGAGUAAUGAAACGUUGGGGUUUUAAAGGAAUGCCAGCAUCUCAUGGUGUGACAAAAACUCACCGACGGCCAGGAAAUAUUGGAGCUGGAGGUGAAAAAGCUCGAGUUUGGCCCGGUACAAAAAUGCCAGGUCAUAUGGGAAACAGGUGGAGAACAUUACGUGGUGUAAAAAUUCUACGUAUUAAUACAAAGCACAAUAUUCUUUGGAUGCUAGGUGUAGGUAUACCAGGGGAAACAGGAGCAAUGUGUUACUUGUUUGAUACAGUAUUACCAUUAAAAAAAUUAAAAACUCCCCCUCCCUUUCCCACGCACCCUCCUGUUGAAGACCUUCCUAUAGAAUAUCAUGAUGAAUCAAUACAUCUCUUUGAUGAGCCCACAAUAACCUUUGAAGAGUCUUAGUAAAUAGA